GUGGGUUUGUUUUGUUGGCAAGCAUGGCUUCGCUUCAACAGAUUCUCCAUGUUCUUUACCAAUGGCAAUGGUUACCCCUUUUGACAGUUCUAUUCAUAACCUACACUAUAUACUACUUGUUUCAUGUCGUUCAGAAACCGCGCUUGAUCGGUAAGGAAGGUCGUUUACGGCAGUUCAUUCUGCAAAGUUGUCCGAUUGUCAGCGAACAAUAUUGGCCUACUUUCUGGUGCUUCGGUGCAAGAGCUCAAACUGUCAUAAGGGCUUUGCUCCGAUCUAAGCCAUCAGUUCCUUAUCGGAGGGAGACAUUAGAGACCCCAGAUGGUGGAAUUGUUUGUCUUGAUUGGUUUGAUAAUGAUGAUAGCACUAUUUACAAAGAUGCAACAUCCAGACCUACUGUCCUAGUAUUACCUGGUUUGACUGGUGGGAGUGAAACAAGCUACAGCAGACACUUGGUGCUACUUGGAGAAAAACUUGGAGUUAGGACUAUUGUUGCUAACCACAGAGGAUUUGGUGCCUCUCAGUUAAAGACACCACGUACCUUCUGUGCUGCUAACACUGAAGACCUGAAGUUUGUUCUGUCGCACAUCCAUGGAAUCUAUCCAGAGUCACCAAUUUUGGCCAUAGGAGUUUCAAUGGGCGGAAUGAUAAUGCUUCACUAUGUAAAUGAAAUGAGUGAGGAAGAUAGACAUGGUCUUGUUGCUGUUAUGGCUGUCUCUGUUCCAUGGAAUUGUAUGGAGUCCUGCUAUUCUUUGGAAGAACCAAUCAACUGUUUCCUCUUCAACAAGCAUCUAACAAGAAAUCUUGUCAACAUGUUGUACAGGAAUCUUGAAAUGUUUGAAAGGCAUGUGGGAAAACUACCAUUGGAUAUUCAUCAUGCAUUGAAGUCUCAGACAAUACGUGAAUUUGAUGAGAGAUUUACAACACCUACAUUUGGUUAUCGCAACUAUGAGGAAUACUACAGUGCUGCCUCCCUUCACACCAAACCAUUACAUACCAUUAAAGUACCUGUACUUUGUUUAAAUGCUGCUGAUGAUCCAUUUUCCCCUUUACAUGCCAUACCACUCGAAACGCUGGCACAGAAUCCUAUGGUGUCCAUGGUUUUGACAUCAUAUGGUGGACAUAUCGCCUUUUUGGAAGGCAUGACAAUUCACAAGUCCAAUUUCAUGGAAAGAUUAUUUUUCCAGUUUGCAAAAGGAGUAUUUGACCUCAUUGAUAAAGACAAACUAAAGGAAAUUGUUGAGGAAUGUUGUUCUUGAUAAUCAAUUUUUGUCUAAAAUAUUUGUUUUGGAUUUUCAUUGUGUACUUAGACAAAUAUGUCAAUUUUGAAGGCAAAUGUAUUUAUGAAGAAUAUAAUGUCUUGCAACAGCUAUUAGUUAUGCUGUCACACUUCUGUAUAUUUCAUUUUUAUGGUCAUUAGACCACUUCAAAGGGUCAAAUAAGACAACAGUUACCAUUGUG